AUGCGUUUGCUCAAUGCAAGGACAUACGAAGUCCACGAGUUCCUGAGUGAGGAAGCAGGCCGGGACUACGCCAUCCUGUCUCACACCUGGGGUCUCGAAGAAUGCACGCUCCAGCAAAUGUCAGCGCCGGGCGUCGCGACACGAAAGGGCUAUGCUAAGAUCAAGUACUGUUGCGAUCAAGCCCUGAGAGAUGGCCUUGAGUGGGCUUGGGUCGAUACCUGCUGCAUCGACAAGACCAGCACCGCGGAGCUGUCCGAGGCUAUCAACUCCAUGUUCCGAUGGUACAGGCAAGCAAGUGUAUGCUACACGUACCUAGACGAUGUUACCACUCUACAGGACCUCGGCAGCUGCCGGUGGCUCACCCGAGGCUGGACCCUCCAGGAGCUCAUCGCGCCUAGAGACCUGCGCUUUUAUUCGUCGACCUGGAGUUAUCUCGGUUCGAAAUUUGAGCUCCGCGACAUGCUGUCUGAUAUCACCACCAUAGAUCAGUCCGUCCUAACGACCGGUGUCUUCGACCAGGUCCCAGUGGCCCGGAGGAUGUCUUGGGCGGCCAAGCGACAAACAACCCGUGUGGAAGAUCAAGCGUACUCUCUGCUGGGUAUCUUUGAUGUGAACAUGCCUCUGUUAUACGGCGAGGGCAAGAAAUCAUUUACUAGGCUUCAGGAAGAGAUCAUGAAGGUGUCUGAUGACCAAACACUCUUUGCCUGGGGGUUGCCAAAGACUCUGGCCAGCAUCGGGGAUUUCACCACGGGUCCAAUUGCAGAGUCGCAAAUGCACGGUUUACUGGCUGACUCGCCAUCCGACUUUGUCACCACACACGUUCUCCUGCCACUUAGCAUGCAUUCAGAUAUGCCACCAAUACUAUUCAGCAAUGGAGUGCGACUCGACACCCAAAUUGUCACUCGCAAGGUGCGGAACUUCGAGUAUCUAUUCGCAACGAUAUCAUGCACCGUGCAAGGUCAACAAAGGAACUAUCUGGGCAUUCCACUACUAUCUUGGGAUACAAAAUACACCGCCCGCUGCGGAGACAUUGUCCUUCUUCCAGCGAGUGGGCUAGAUAUGCGCACGGGAACCCUACUCAUCAAGGCGCCAACAUCGGCUCAUACGCGACGACCACUGGACGAUUUCGCAAUCGUGCGUGUACCGAGUUUGACAGAGUGUCAUUACCUACUCGAAGAGGUAUACUGUCUACCCGGAGUGGAAUAUUAUGCGGGAAAUCAAACGGUCAGAGUCUCUCAGCAGAAGCAGCAGCAUCUGAGUGGCCCCUAUGCGGUGCUGUUCUUCGCCCCGAUGACUCGGUCGUUCGGGGUGCAGUUGAAGGGUCAAAAUGCGGAACUUCACAAACUGAGUUCAAAGGGGGCUCACAAGUUUCGUCGUGGUGUAGCGGCAUUCGCUAUCGUCCUCGGGUCAGACUCCGAUAUAAGACACGACUCCUGGACCGCUUUCGUACCAAUACUACGAGAAGCCUGUGCCGACGAAGAUUUCCAUAGCCUGCUUAGACAUGACGAGAAGCUAGUCCAGUACUGUGCGACCAAGGCCCAGCUGAAGAGCACACUUGCAGAUCAGAACUGGGGAGCGAGUCUCUCUACGAGAAAGAGUCAUCUCCACCAACUCCUGCAGACCCGAACGUACCCUAUCGAUGACAGCUAUGCGAAAAUCUGGGCGCUCUGCAUGUGCGUUGAGCUUCAGGUCGCCCCGGCCGAUCUGGUCGAGGAUGCGGUAUAUGUCUGCAUUAAUAUGGUGGCAUCAACAGUACGCCACAGCGUCUUGUUGAAAUUGAGCGAUAAUUUCUGCGACAAGUUGAACAACGGGGAUGUUAUCGGGAAGUUACUGGCCGAGACAAAUUAUACACCUGAGUGGAGGACACAUUUCGGGACGGACCGGAUUUUAUGGCCAACGGGCCGUUAG